AUGAGGUGUUGUGCACAUAUUAUAAACUUAAUUGUAAAAGAAGGGUUGAAAGAGAUUGAUGAAUCAGUCUUGAGGAUUCGUAGUGCAGUAAAGUAUGUUAGAUCUUCUCCAUCUAGAGCUAGUAGGUUUCAAAAGUGUGUUGAACUAGAAAAAAUCCAAUAUAAAGGCUUACUUUGCAUGGAUGUUGAGACUAGGUGGAACUCUACCUAUCAAAUGUUAGAGGUAGCUUUGAAGCAUCGCAAAGCAUUUGAGUUGCUUACUUUGAAAGAUAAUACCUAUAUAGGAGAGAUGAAUGGAGGAAAAGGGAGAGGUGUUCCUUGUGAUUCAGACUGGCAGUAUGCUGAGUCCAUUGUACCAUUUUUGCGAGUGUUCAGUGAUGCCACUAUAUGUGUUUCUGGUACCUUAUAUGUUACCAGUGAUAUGUAUAUAAAUGAAGUAUUUGCAGUUGGACGAUUUAUUCGUCAUUCUUGCGAUUCUGUUGAUUUUAGUACUAUGUCAAUGGUAGAAAGGAUGAGGGUUAAGUAUGAGAAGUAUUGGGGCAAUCCUGAUUCGGUGAAUAUGUUGUUAUUGAUUGCUAUUGUACUUAAUCCAAUGCAAAAGAUUGAGUAUGUCAAUUAUUUCUUGGAUUACUUAUUUGGAGAAGAAAAAGGAGGCGAAUUGAAGUCAAAGUUGUCCAAGUGUAUAAAGUUACUUUACCAGCAAUACCAAAGUUCUGAGGAAGCAAGUGAACCUGAUACGCAAUAUGUUCAAGCCAACAACAUUAAUACCAAUCUUCAUGGCAUGGGCUUUUUUCUGCAAGCAACCGGUCGUAGAACAAAGACAAGAUCUGAACUUGAUAGAUAUUUACAAGAAGAGAUACUCCCAUAA